AACUCUUAAAACUGUCAAUAUGGCGUCGGCAAACAACAAAUUUGAUGGUGUUUUCCAAAGUUUAAUGAAAAAUAGUACAAUGGAACAGUGUUGUGACAAUAAUAAUGUGAAUUUAGCUGUGACUGACGAACAGCUCAAGUAUGUAAUAAAUUACCAAGGGUAUAUAAUUAAUGUGGUUUAUAUUUUAUCAUUGCAAGAUCGCAUGGAAAGCUUGAACAGCAGAAAGAAUUUUGGAGGUUAUGAACGACAUAAAAAAAGCUAAG